AUGCCAGAUCCAGAUCCAGAUCCAGACCCAAAACCGAAGCCGAAGCCAUCCCCCAACGUCCCAGUGGAACCUCGCAACCACCUACUCUUCGACGCUUGGAACUCCUCCUCAACCGGGCAUCAACGCGCCGAGAAUCCGUAUUCAGGCACGACAGCCUGGCGGGAGACGCGCUCCCGCAAGCUCUCCUCCCAAUUCCGGAGCGGGGACUGCUUGCCUAAUAAAUCGGAAACGCAGCAGUCGGCCACAGGGAAGGGGGAGUGGAGGUGGGUUUCUGAUGAGGAUGCCCGGCGGAGCCAGUUGGGAGUGAGAGAUAUUCGAAAUUAUAUGGGGGUGGGCAAGAGGAAGGCCGAUACUGGAGCUGGAGAGAAUCACAAGAAGGCGAAGGUGGAGGAGGAUGGAAAGGAGAACUCGCCAUCAACAAUACCAGCAGACUCCCAGCAGGACGCCACGGACUCGGAAUUGAACAUCUUCUCUUCACAUAUACAUAAUAAUACAGUGGACGCGAAUGCCACCUCAUCUUCAACUUCAACACCACGCUCGUCAGACCAAUCCCCAAAACAAAAAUCAACCGUCUUCACGGGAACAACAAUCUACAUAAACGGCUCGACCCUCCCCCAAAUCUCAGACCACAAACUCAAGCACCUGCUCGUCGCGCACGGCGCCAACAUUUCCAUUAACAUGGCGCGGAAAAGCGUGACUCAUGUUAUUGUCGGACAGCCGAACACAGGCGCUGGACUAGGUGCAGGAGGAGGCCUUUCAGCACGGAAACUUCAACAAGAGAUUGCGAGGGGUGGGUGGAAGGGUGUUAAGAUUGUUAGUGUUGAGUGGGUGCUGGAGAGUAUCAAGGCCGAGCGCCGACUAUCUGAAUCAAGAUUCGCUGUUGUGCAUGUUGCGGCGAAGGGGCAGAGGAGUGUACGGGGGAUGUUUGGGGGAUAG